GCCUUCAGUAGCUAUGGGGAGAUCCGGGUCUCUGUGCGUCUUCCUCCUGGCAUUGUCCGCCCUCUGUGCUCACGCUCGCUACAGCACGGGCGUGGGUGGCGAGGCGCGUAGGCGUGUGCUCGUCGAGGAUGAAGUCGAGACCAACGCUUAUUCCGAAAGAAAACUGACAAAAAGAGGAGAGACCGAUUUAGAAAAGAAAAUGGAAACACAGACGCAAGAGAAAACAGAAACACAGACGCAAGAGAAAACGGGCGAAGAUGACAUGCGGAUGGCGGAAGCACAAAGGGGAGACGAUAAAGAAAUGGAAAUCACAGAGGAGAAGAUGACAGAAAAAGAGAAGAUGGGAAAAGAGGGCGAAGACAUGAUGGAAAACAUGGAAGAAGAAAAAGAGAAAGGAGAAAGACAAGAAGAAGAAGAAGAAGGAGAAGAAGAAGAAGAAGAAGAAGAAGAAGGAGAAGAAAAAGAAGACGAAGAAGAAGAAGAAGAAGAGAGGAGGAUGCCAGGCGGUCCUAUACCCCCAAAACUGCCAGUGCCAAUUCAGGGCUUCAGAGGAGAGGAAGCAGACAUCAGUGCCAACGAGGAGGAGGAGUCAGAGGUAGUGCCAGGGUCAGGCAAAGAGGGCCUGGUGCCAAUCCUCAACGUCGUGCAUGAUUUCAGAUUCCCCGAGGUCGAAGCUUUCACAUACUCCGAGGGCGAGAUUGUGGUCAAGGAACAGGCAGGCGUCCUGUUCGACAAACGUCCGUUUUCUUUGAGAGAAGAACCUUUCGCUCAAGAACGCAUUUCAUCUGGAUGUGGAGGGACGUAUACUGCCUUAACCGGAAUCAUCACGUCCCCUUCGUAUCCGUUCAAUUAUCCGAACAACAUCCGAUGUGUCUACAAGAUUAGUCUCCCGUCCGAGUUCACCGUCGGGCUGGACUGCAACGACUUCUCAGUGCAACCGGGGGAUAAGGGUUGCGAGAACGACUUUCUGGCGGUGUCGGACAACGGGGGACCGGAGGAGCCGACCAAUCAAUUCUGUGGUGACAAGGCCAUCGCUUCCUUUUCCUCCAGCAACAACCUGACUCUCGUGUUCCAGACAGAUUCGACUUACAGGUACAGAGGCUUCAUGUGCCGGUACAGAGCGCUAAAUGCUGAUGGUACAGGCGCAGUCGGGACAGUCACCACCAACAACACGGCAGCCGAACACACAGUCAUCUGCACAGGACCCGGAGAUGACGGUUGGGCAGGCAAGUGUGGGGUGAGUAACAAGAAAACGAGGAUAGUCGGAGGAGCUUCCACCACGGAGCACGAGUUUCCUUGGAUGGUAGCCGUGCUGAAGGUAUGUGGCAAGUACAUGGAACACUAUUGCCACAUAUGCGGAGGAACUAUCAUUCACAGCCAAUGGAUUCUCACUGGAGCUCACUGCCUUGUUAGUGUACCAGUUGAAACCAUUGCCAUGUUGCUGGGAGAUCACAACCUGUACACACUCACACCGUCGCAGAAAUUCUUCCGUGUUGAGGCAGUGUAUGUACAUCCUGACUUCAAUGUACCUUCGCCUCUCAAUAAUGACAUCGCUUUGGCUAAACUUCCUCAGAGCAUUGCUUUUAGUCAACACGUGGCCCCGAUCUGUAUUCCUCCGAAGGACUACAUUGACCUCCUAAACCUCCUUCCUCGUUCGUUGGAGGAGGAGACUACCACGUCCGUAUCCAGGGUCAUCGAAGGUCACGAGGACAUCCAGGGUGUCAGGCAAGGGGUAACUACGGAAGUUCCCAAGUCUCACACGAUUAUUCACAAAGCUUUCGAAAACCGCAACGUCUCCGUUUUCGGCUGGGGAACCAUCGAUGACGAUAGCACCGUGGCCCAGGUGUUGCGUGGCGUGUCGGUCCAGAUUCUUCCCAACGACUUCUGCGACUAUUACUACGGCCUCAUGACUGAUACCAUGAUGUGCACGUCGGGCGAGGGCGGCCACGGACCUUGCAGGGGCGACAGCGGGUCACCAGCCCAGAUGCUGAUGGUGGACGGGCGCUGGCUCCAAGUGGGCGUGCUGGCGUUCGGGGCGGCGUACGGAUGCGAAGUGGGUUAUCCUUCAGGCAACGUCCUCCUGCCGCUCUACGUAGGAUGGCUCGAAUACGUGACAGGAUUCGACUUCUCGGAGUAUCAUUAAGAGGGUCGGACGAGGCGGGAUUCGCUCGUGAGUCGCGUGAAUCGGUUUCGGUCUCGGUUUCGAUGCGUUUUUGUUUCUUGUUUUUUCUUUUUAUUUUAUUUUCUCUUCUCGGUGCUUCGGUUCAUUCAGGACGAAUUGGAUUUUCAUUUUUUUUCUUCAUUUUUUCUUUUUUUUUUUUGGAUUAUUUUGGAUUCUUGAUGUCAAGUAUUUCUGAAAAAAAAGAGAAAGAAAGGUGAUGAUUUCGAUAAUUUCGUUCCGUUUGUUUCGGAGCUUCGGUUGAUGCAGGACAACUAAGGAUACGUUGUAUGUCCUUGAUGUGAAGUAUUACUGGAAAAAAAAAGUUCAUAAGCCAAUAGGAUUUUAUUGUUUUCGGCUCCUUUGAAGACUAAUGACAAUAGGAUUUUUAUAAAUGUUAUUUAUCGAUUACAUUUUUUAUUAAAGACUUUAAUGAAGGAAUUUAUGUGAUAUUUAUAAACUACGCUUUUUUUUUUAGAUUCUCGCUUAUCAUAUAAAUUAUACAUUUCACUAUUCCUUGACGUGAAAACUGCAACACAUAUGGAAUCAAACAAGUUCAAAGCGUAACAUUUUGUUGCAUACUAAAAAACGGAAAAUCAUGCAUAUUUCUUUUAUCCAGAUUUGUUUUUUUUUUCAAAGUUUCUGCAUUUCAACUGGGAAAAAUAUUUACAUGAUAUAGAAUUUUAAACAAAAAAGUUUCAAGGAUUUUUUACCAGUACACCUCAUUUUUAAGUUUGAUAUGAGCAGUUGGACUAAUAUAUAUACAUACAUACAUAUAUAUACAUAUAUAUGUGCAUAUAGCCACACACAUAUAUAUUUUUGAGUGUGUGUGUGUGUGUGUGUGUGAAAAAGAGGAAACUAUAUACUUUGAUUGUAAAUGUGCAUUUGGCAAAGCUACCUGUGAUAUGUUCUUUACUUUGUUUGUUUCUUGCAAGUAAUAAAACCUCCAUAUGACU